AAAACUUUUGAUUUGAAUAUAAAAAUUUUUAGCUCGACUUUUCGCAAAAGCCAAAAAUUAAUACUAAAUUGCUAGUAUAGUGCAAAACUUGAGCUGUUUGCAACUUUUGCAGUUAAGGUAUGCGGGCUUAGAUACCUCUUGAAGGCUUAGUAAAAAUAAUAGGGUAUUAUAGACAAUAAUUGGUGGAAAUUGCACAUGAGCACAUUUAUAUACGUACCAUUAAUGAAAAAAGAACAAUGGCCCAAACGGGAGGAAAGAGGCAAUGAAAAAUGUACACCUGCAUAAACUGCGGCGCUCACGUGGACAAGCUUUACCGGCGCUACAGUCCGAGCGUACUAAAAAUCGUAAAAUGUGAAAACUGCGGCAAAUUCGCCGACAAGUACGUAGAGUAUGACCCGGUGAUAGUGCUAGUGGACCUCGUACUGCUGGAGAAGCCAGCCUACCGUCACCUGCUCUACAACAACGACUUUAACGCGUACUGGAAGCUCCUGAUCGUCCUGAUCCUCGGUGAGUCGUUCCGCCAAUGGACGAACCGUGAAGAGCAGCUCAAAGCCUCGGGUCUGAUACCAUCGCCGAGUUCACCUCUUCUCUUGUCGAGCGUCAACCACAGACCAGAGUACAAAUUUGAGUUUAGAAACGAGACGAUGGACCUCGUUGGUUUUCAAAGCGAGCGUGACUUUUACUUUCUGCUGGGCCACACGGCCCUCGCCCUCGGCGGCUUCGCCUGCGCCGUUCUCUUCUUCACGGAGCUUCGCUGGCGCGUCUUCGGUGGCCGACCUUCGAGCUACGAGCCCAAACACCUCGUUCGGGCUCUCGUGAUCGGCGGCUGUGCCAAGCUGCUCGAUCUCCUCAGUAUCGUGUGGCACCACGUAGAUCCCGAACCCCACGGCUUCCUCAUCUACGGGUACACUGUGCUCUGUCUGCUCACGGCUUACUCAGUCGUUUGCGAAAGCGGAAGAGCAAGCUCGUUGAUCGCACUGACUGUCGGGCUCUGGGUCCACAAUUACGUUUACAAAAUACUAGGACAGUAUUUACCGACCACCAACGUGACUCUGUUGCAAACUUAAGGUCAUGCGUAUACGGCGAUCGCGCA